CCGUCGACUCUCAGUUUACAUCCUCCUCUCUGCUCUCUCGCUCUGAGCUCCCUCUGCCUCUCUCCUCCUCUCUGCAUCUGCUGGUCGCUCUUUCCCGUCAACCUUGUGUGGGCUCGUGUGAGGCGUCUUCCUCCGAUCUGCAACAGCUUUUCACCUAAAGCAAUAAAACCUUCUUUAUUUUUCCUCUAAAGCCUGCGACACACUGAGACCCAACUGUCACCAUGGAGGCCAUCAAGAAGAAGAUGCAGAUGCUGAAGUUAGACAAGGAGAACGCCAUCGACAGGGCAGAACAGGCCGAAUCCGACAAGAAGGCGGCCGAGGACAAAUGCAAGCAGCUGGAGGAUGAGCUGCUCGCUCUGCAGAAGAAGCUGAAGGGAACGGAGGAUGAGCUUGACAAGUACUCCGAGGCCCUGAAGGAUGCUCAAGAGAAACUGGAACUGUCAGAGACGAAGGCCGCAGAUGCGGAGGGCGAUGUGGCAUCUUUGAACCGCAGGAUCCAGCUGGUGGAGGAGGAGUUGGACCGCGCUCAGGAGCGACUGGCCACAGCCCUGCAGAAACUGGAGGAGGCUGAGAAGGCUGCAGAUGAGAGUGAGAGAGGCAUGAAGGUGAUUGAGAACAGAGCGAUGAAAGAUGAGGAGAAGAUGGAGAUCCAGGAGAUGCAACUCAAAGAAGCGAAACACAUCGCUGAGGAGGCGGAUCGCAAAUACGAGGAGGUUGCCCGUAAACUGGUCAUCCUUGAGGGUGAGCUGGAGAGAGCAGAAGAGAGGGCAGAAAUUGCAGAACUCAAGUGUGCUGACCUGGAAGAAGAGCUGAAGAAUGUCACCAACAACCUCAAGUCCCUAGAGGCUCAGUCUGAUAAGUACUCUGAGAAAGAAGACAAAUAUGAGGAGGAGAUUAAAGUCCUGAGUGACAGACUUAAGGAGGCGGAAACCCGUGCAGAAUUCGCAGAGAGGACAGUGGCUAAGCUGGAAAAGACCAUAGAUGACUUGGAAGACGAACUGUACACUCAGAAGCUGAAAUACAAGGCUAUCAGCGAGGAGCUGGAUCUGGCCCUCAAUGAUAUGAACACCUUGUAAAGCUUGCAAUUAGCUCACAAUGUUUCCACUUCCCCUUCGUCUCCCCUUGGAAGCACUUUGUCUUUUCUUUUCUCCUCCUUCGCUUUCACUGCCCCUUGCUCCUUUUGCAUUAAACUAAAGCUCAAUAAAGAUAUUUAUCUCUUUUAUUCUGUCUUCUGUCAUUUGAGUUCUGCCUGCUGUUCAUCACUUGCAAUAGUUUUUUUAUAUGUAUUGGCUAUUAUGAAAAGGUCAAAUGUGUUGUUUGACAUAUUCUACACAAGUGUGUUUCUUUUGGUAUUUCUGCUCUAACCAUAUAUCACCCAUUGCACUUCCAAUAAAUCUUUUCACUGACAAAGCCAUUGCAUUUCAUAUCU